CCCCAUGAAGAACAAGAUGGUCCUUGUAUUUUUCAUGCGGGAGCACUAUGACAGUCUUCUUCGUACUCUCCGCGGCUCUCGGUUAUCUGCCCUUUCAUUCGUCCAAAGAUCAGCACGCCACCCGCCUUCUUCCUAUAAAAUCCCUGCCUUAAUCGUUCACUCUUUCUUCUUCAACGAACGGUCCAAGCGCCACUAACCUUAGAUUUCAUCUACCUGCCGUCUCAAGGUUUUCUUCUUUUGUUACCACUAUAUUGGGUUCCUCUUCUUUCCGUUUUCGGUAAUGGCGAGCUCGUCGAUGUUUCAGGCUGUUUACUGUGGUCAAUUUAGUAAUGAAGGAGCUACGAAGAGAUCCGGGUUGAUGGUCCAUGAUCUAAGUUUUCGAGGCAAAGCAUAUAUUCCUGUUCUUGAUGUUAGUUUGAAAUCGCAGUCCAAGAGGCCGUUGUCUCUAAAUGGAAAUCGAGUUUGCAUGUCGGUGCAACAAGCUGGGACCAAAGUCUUGGUCUCACCAUUGGAGCUCGAGAAUGCACAAGAGCCUCCUCUAAACAUAUACAGACCCAAGGAGCCUUAUACUGCUACCAUAGUUGCAGUAGAGAAGCUUGUCGGUCCAAAAGCUCCUGGUGAAACAUGCCAUAUUGUUAUCGACCAUAGUGGGAAUAUGCCUUACUGGGAAGGUCAGAGCUAUGGUGUUAUUCCUCCUGGUGAAAAUCCUAAGAAACCUGGAUCUGCCCAUGCAGUUCGGCUCUAUUCCAUUGCCUCGACCCGAUAUGGUGAUGCUUUUGAUGGAAAAACGGCUAGUCUAUGUGUCCGCCGUGCAGUAUAUUAUGAUCCUUUGACUGGAAAGGAAGAUCCUUCAAAGAAUGGAGUUUGCAGCAACUUUCUCUGCAAUUCCAGACCUGGGGAUAAAAUCCAGCUUACUGGUCCAUCCGGUAAAGUGAUGCUGCUACCAGAAGAAGACCCAAAUGCCAACCAUAUCAUGAUUGCCACUGGAACUGGUGUGGCACCCUACAGAGGGUACCUCAGGCGCAUGUUCAUGGAGUCUGUCCCCUCCUUUAGGUUCAAUGGUCUUUCCUGGCUCUUCCUUGGAGUGGCGAACACUGACAGUCUCCUCUAUGAUGACGAGUUCAAGAAGUAUCUGCGUGACUAUCCUGACAACUUUCGAUAUGACGUAGCACUGAGCCGGCAGCAGAAAAACAAAAGUGGUGGGAAGAUGUAUGUACAAGAUAAGAUUGAGGAAUACAGCGAUGAGAUCUUCAAGCUCCUGGAUGAAGGGGCUCACAUCUAUUUCUGUGGAUUGAAGGGCAUGAUGCCUGGGAUUCAGGAAACACUCAAGAGAGUUGCAGAGGUGAGAGGUGAGAACUGGGAUCAGAAGCUUUCCCAACUUAAGAAGAAAAAGCAGUGGCAUGUUGAGGUGUAUUAAAAAAUUGGGAUGGAGCUCAUUGGUAGGGUGGCAAAAUUGGUUUCUUGUUUCUCAGUCCUAAUUGUCAAAAGGAAAGAUCCGUCUCUGUAUAAUUUAGUGUUGUUGUCGACGGCCAUUCUGCUUGCUGUGAACUGCGGUUGGCUCCUGUCAUCAUUUAUCUGAAUUGUUAUUUUGAUAUAAAUGAGGCUACUUCUUUCCUUUAAUAAGUAUGUAAUUUGACUUCCUUCUCUGUAGCCAAUAUGUGCUCUCAGAGGUAGUGGAAAUUCUAUAAUCCAUUGUGAUUUA